GUUGUCGCAACUUCAAAAUACAAAGAUGAAAUUCCAAAUUUGAAUUAACCUUGAUUUCCGUCUACAAAAUAAAUGUUUAUUUUACAUGAUAUAUAUUUUUGAUAAUUCCUUCAGUAAUCCCGCAAAGUAUCUCGGACUGAAAUCAAGUACAUUGUUCAAGCGCUGGUACGGUAAUUCCUCAACCCAAUAUUCAUUCAUCUCUAUAAUGACCUUCACUGCGCCGUGACACUGAAACCAUGGCGCAAGAAUUGUCAUCCAACUGGAAGAAGUUACAAGGAAAGAUAAAGGCCGAGUCUACCGCAACUUCUUCAUCAGCGACAAAAGCUACAGUUAAGCGGAAAGCCGACGAGGGAACCCCGUUUAAAUCUCAGCCAAAACGGCAGAAGCUACAGAACCCAUCCAAACAGCAACGGGAGCAACGGCCAUUAUCAAACACAUCUAAUAAGUCUUCUCAUAAGCCCACUUAUACACCUUCAUUAAAGAAACCAAUGGGCGUCGCCCAAUCCUCUGCUAUUGCCAAAGGCACACCAGCAACUAUCACGCCCUCGCUCGCUCUCUGGGCCGAAGACAAUGAUAUAUCGCCAGAGGACUUAGCUGAGGCCUACAGCCUGGGCGUCAAAAACAAUGCCUCCCUUAUGGCCGCCGAGCCGCCCCGUGUCAACGAGGGACUGGCGCCCGGAGUCGACGUCGGCAAGUACAUAGCGCUAGACUGCGAGAUGGUCGGCAUAGGACCCGAGGGGCGGGAGUCAGUGUUAGCACGUGUCAGCAUUGUUGAUUUCCAUGGACGACAGGUGUACGACUCGUUUGUGCGGCCACGCGAGCCUGUGACCGACUGGAGAACUCAUAUAACGGGACUGACGCCGCGCAUACUAUUACCUGUAGCACGCAGCUUCGACGAGGUACAAGAAGCUGUCGCAGCGCUCAUGCGCGGGCGCAUCAUCGUCGGCCACGAUAUUCGGCACGACCUAGCCGUGCUACAGCUGGACCAUCCCUCGGGACAGAUCCGGGACACCGCACGGUUCGCCGGGUAUAGGCAGUACGGGCACGGACCCAAACCAGCGCUCAGGGUCCUGGCGCGUGAGGUAUUAGGAGUUGAGAUUCAGACCGGUCAUCACUCGAGUGUCGAGGACGCGCGAGUCGCCAUGCUACUCUUUCGGAAACGAAAGUCGGAUUUUGAUGUCCAACACGCGGGUAAGUACGGCUUGCCCACGGAGAAGACGAUAGCAAGCGAGAAGGUAGGUGUAGAUGGUAGUAAAGGACAAGAAGCAAAGUCAAAGAGAGGGGGGAAGAAGAAAAAGAAGCGGCAUUGACGCAGAUAAAAUAGGCGAAAUGAAAGGAAGUAUGCCCUUGAAUGAUCUCACAAUAGCACUUCGCGGGUUUAGGACUAUAGUAACCUCACCAGUAGUUGUUACUUAUUUCCAGUUGCCAGCGUUACUAGGUGAACAUCUCCUAUUAGCACUCUAUGGAGUUGUA